UGUGUUGUGUGUAUUUAUUUUCCGCGAACCAACGCGACCCACAUAUGUUGUAGUUCCCUUUGUUUUUUCUUCGUGUCCGCGCCCCUGACACAAGAACAAUAACAACAAGGGGCAUUGUAAUGGCAACUUGUGUUCCUGCUGUAAGUGGUGCACUGCAUUAUGGAGUGACAAACUGCAAGGGACACAGCUACAGAAGGAGUGCUUCCUUUUCUGAUGUGCCUAACACGGGAUUCUUACAAAAAGAUCUUUCAUGGUCUAAAGCGGUAUCCAAGGUCCUGCAGAUACACAGAUGUGGGUUUUCUGCACCUCCACUUCAUAAGGAUCAGAAACUCUUCAAAGUCAUUUCCUCAUGGAAGAAAGAUAGUCCCACAAAAUACUUUGACUUUAUCGUCAUUGGGAGUGGAAUUGCUGGCCUCCGAUAUGCGCUUGAAGUUGCAAAAUAUGGAUCUGUUGCAGUGAUAACCAAGGCUGAGUCUCAUGAAUGCAAUACUAAUUAUGCUCAAGGUGGUGUUAGUGCUGUGCUAUGCCCUUCAGAUUCUGUGGAGAGUCACAUUAAGGACACCAUUGUGGCUGGGGCAUAUCUUUGUGAUGAGGAAAGCGUCCGGGUUGUCUGCACUGAAGGACCCGAAAGAGUCAGAGAACUGAUUGCUAUGGGUGCAUCAUUUGAUCAUGGGGAAGAUGGUAACUUGCAUCUAAUGAGAGAGGGGGGUCAUUCACAUCAUAGAAUUGUUCAUGCUGCUGAUAUGACUGGAAAAGAGAUUGAACGGGCUCUACUGAAGGAAGUUAUCAGUAAUCCCAGAAUUUUUGUGUUUGAACACCAUUUUGCUAUAGAUCUUCUCACUUGUCAGGAUCGAUCUGAUAUGAUUUGUCUUGGUGUUGACACACUGAAUUCUAAAACCCUAGAGGUGAUUAGAUUUCUUUCAAAGGUCACUUUACUUGCGUCAGGUGGAGCUGGACAUAUUUAUCCUAAAACUACAAAUCCUCUGGUAGCCACUGGAGAUGGAAUUGCCAUGGCACACCGAGCUCAAGCUGUGAUUUCCAACAUGGAGUUUGUGCAGUUCCAUCCAACUGCCUUAGCUGAUGAAGGGCUUCCUAUUAAACCAACCAAGCCUCGGGAAAAUGCAUUUCUGAUAACUGAAGCUGUCAGAGGUGAUGGGGGCAUCCUUUAUAAUUUUGGUAUGGAAAGAUUCAUGCCCUUGUAUGAUGAGAGGGCAGAGCUUGCUCCAAGGGAUGUGGUGGCAAGAAGUAUAGACGACCAACUUAAAAAGCGUCAUGAGAAGUAUGUGCUCCUCGAUAUAAGUCACAAGCCCAAGGAGGAAAUUCUCUCCCAUUUCCCCAACAUUGCUUCUACGUGUCUCCAGUAUGGUUUGGACAUAACUCGUCGUCCAAUCCCAGUUGUUCCAGCUGCUCAUUACAUGUGUGGAGGAGUUCAAGCUGGUCUCCAAGGAGAGACCAAUGUGAAAGGUCUGUAUGUAGCUGGUGAGGUAGCAUGCACAGGUUUGCAUGGAGCAAAUAGACUUGCUAGCAACUCAUUGCUUGAGGCACUGGUUUUUGCAAGAAGAGCUGUGCAGCCCUCAGUUGAUCACAUGAAGGGCUCUAGCCUUGAUCUGACUGCAUCAAACUUGUGGCCUAGACCCGUUGUGCCUUUGCCACUCGGAAGUAAUGUCACAGACAAAAUUAUGUCAACGACUAAGGAAUUGAGGGCAGAACUGCAAUCCAUCAUGUGGGACUAUGUAGGAAUUGUUCGGUCCACAAUGAGACUAGAGACUGCUGAGCAAAAAAUUGGUAGUUUAGAAGCUAAAUGGGAGGAGUCUCUGUUUCAGCAUGGAUGGAAGCCAACAAUGGUCGGGCCUGAGAUCUGUGAGAUGAGAAACCUCUUUUGUUGUGCAAAGCUGGUGGUCAGCAGUGCGCUUUCUAGGCAUGAGAGCCGUGGACUACAUUACACUGUUGAUUUUCCUUAUCUCGAGGAGAGUAAGAGACUUCCAACAAUCAUUUUUCCAAGUUCACCUGUAAACAGUACAUGGAGUUCUCGGCAAUUACACAAGCAGCCCAUGUACCAGUAAGGCAUCAAAUUGAGCCACAAUACGUAUAAAUGGGUAGAUUUAAUUGAAAUCUAGUGAAAUAAGAACCUUAAAGUGAUAGUCUACUCCCUUAUAGUUUUCUGAUUUUACUUCAUUCAUUGUUUAACUAUAGCAACUUAGCAAGAAAUAUAUUCCCUAUAGGUAAUUUGGGUCAAUCUCAGUCAGAUGUAUCAGGUUUACUUUGCAAUCAAAUCUCAGAUUUUAGAGACUUUUAUUUUGUUUUUUA